UUCAAAAGAGUUAACAAACAGUAGUUUCACUCAUGAGUUGUUUUUUCAUAUGACAACCAAUUGUCUCACAUUUCAGAUGAUUAUCACGCCAUUGAGUGAUCACAACAAGACAUGACAUCACCACUGGAACCGCAAUCGCUGACUAUCUCGGGAGUGGAGGUGUUGUUCCCAUACAAACCAUAUGAUAUUCAAUUGGAUUACAUGAAGAGUAUUAUCCACUGCUGUCAACAGAAAGUGAACGGAUUGUUGGAGUCGCCGACGGGAACCGGGAAGACGUUAUGCAUAUUGUGUUCAGCCAUGGCUUGGAUCAGGACUUUUGAGCCAAAGAUGAGACAAUUGAUGGUAACCGAUGAGGAAGGGCUCCAACAGGAGGUCGUUGUCUCAGAUGAUAGACAUAUCCCACGGAUUCUGUACUCGAGUCGAACUCAUUCCCAAUUAUCUCAAUGCUGUCAACAACUCAAACGAACCCAUUAUAAGACCGAAAGAGCGGUUGUCAUCGCCUCCAGAGAACAGCUGUGUCUUCGGCCAGACGUGCGAUCACUGUCUGGAACUACUCAGCAGAGUAUGAAGUGCUCACAACUCACAAAAGACCACAAAUGCGCUUAUUUUGAAGGCUUUGAUCAGAAGGUUAAGUCGAGUCAACUGUUGCCAGAAGUGGACCAAUACUACGCCUCCAGAGAUGAUGACUGCAAAGUGAUGGACAUCGAAGACCUCAUGGACUUCGGGCGCAGACACACGUGUUGUCCGUACUAUAGCGCCCGAGAGAUGGCCCGUAAGGCGUCGGUAGUGUUCACGCCUUACACCUAUUUAUUAGAUCCAGAACUAAGAGGAAACAACAAAUCAAAGGGAAUAUCACUGAAGGACUCAGUGGUGGUCUUCGACGAGGGCCACAACAUGGAGAAGGAGUUUGAGGAGCGGAUGUCAACACAACUCACUACUCAUAUGAUGGACGCUUCACUCAAGAGAAUCGAUUUUAUUGCCAUUCAAUUGCAGACAACGCCCGCCGAUAGACUUCCCGAAGAGUUUGAGGGCCUGAAGAUCGCGAAACUGCUUGAGUUGGAGACAUGUCUUCAAGACCUCCGCAGAGGUAUUGCUAUGAAGUUUGUGUCCAAUCGGGUGUUUAAACCGGAAACGAAAGCGUUGUUUGAUUUGUUGGAUGAGUCGGGACUUGAGUUCAAAGAAAUGGGAAAAUGGAUCAAAUUAUUAGAAGAUAUCUGUGAUAUUCGUGUGGACACCGGCGCCGGUAAUACUCAGACUAAUGGCGACCCCUUUUGGUGCCUUAAACUUAUGCGCGACUUCUUAUGUAAAAUAUACCCGAAGUCUGUGUCAAUCGAAACAUUAGAUGAAUAUAAGAGAGAAUUCUGUGAUAAAUACAGACUUUAUGUCGAAAGCGAUAAUACGACCAACGAUUGGGUUUUUAAUGUCUGGUGUAUGAGUGCGAGUGUCGGCGCCAAAGCACUGUUAGCCGAAGACAUAAACUGUUUAAUAAUAACGAGUGGAACUCUGGCACCAAUUGAUUCGUUUGAUUUGGAAAUGGGCGUCAAAUUUGAUGUCAAACUACAGAACAGUCAUAUCAUCGGUGAUAACCAGUUGUCGAUUAUAAACAUUCAUCACUCAAAGAACAAAACUGUGUUGACCUCGAAGUAUGACAACAGAGAUAAUAUGGAAUAUUAUAGGGCUUUAGGACAGACACUCAUUGAGAUCUUAAAAGCGGUUCCCAAAGGAGUUCUUGUAUUCUUCUCGGCUUUAGGACAGACACUCAUUGAGAUCUUAAGAGCGGUUCCCAAAGGAGUUCUUGUAUUCUUCUCGUCCUAUACGGCACUCAAUAAAUGCACACAAAUUUGGAAACAAUACAGAAAUGACAACAUUUGGGAUAAACUAAAUGCUGUCAAACAGAUAUUUCUUGAACCCAGAAGUAAACACGCAUUCAAUGAGUGUUUUGUGAAGUAUAAGCAAAAAGUAGACGAAAACCAGUCGUCGGGCGCCGUCUUCUUCGGUGUCUUUCGGGGAAAACUCUCCGAAGGAAUCGAUUUGCCGGACGACUACUGUCGCGGCGUUAUAUUGACUGGCCUUCCCUUCCCAGCAGUGAUGGACCCGAGAGUUAUCCUUAAGAAACAGUAUCUAAAUGAAGCUAAGAUUGGACUUUCAGCCGACGGUUGGUAUGCAUUGCAAAUGAAACGAGCUUUAAAUCAGGCGAUCGGACGUGUGGUCAGACAUAAGGAUGAUUUCGGAGUCAUUAUUCUUCUGGAUUCACGGUUCGCAUCCCUUUCCGACGAAAUUGAAGUCAUUUUUUACGAAUCGAAACUCGAGUUUUUGCUUACAAUCGACGGCACCACCGGUUGUGCCCACAAAUGCCAACUCUUUUAA